AUGGAAAGUAAAGUCAAGCCUCAACCUCGUGUCUCUACCGCAAAUCUCGGUGUCGGCUUGCCAUCUGGAGCUUACAGUGCCGCCGGCGGAACACCCAGCUGGAGAAGUGGACCUAGUCCAUCACCUACGCCUCCGGUAGCAGGCAUGACACCUACGACUCCCCUACCUCCUCCCACCAACGCUGUUCCUCGAGCUCUUACGGAACGCGAAAGUCAUCUAGUCAAACAUCUUAGUCGCCUUCAAUUCUUCCUGGCUACGGCACCAACAAGAUGGAUGGGAGGCGAUGACAGCUCAGUGAAGACUACUUCACCUUUCCAUUCCGGAUCACUUGCCUCGCCCCACCCCAACCUGAAUAGAUUCUUAUUACCCAAUGGCGAACAUGUCGCUUGCGUCUUCUGGAAUGGCCUGUAUCACAUCACAGGUACAGAUAUAGUACGAGCUCUUGUAUUUCGUUUUGAGGCCUUUUCUAGACCCGUAAGGAAUAUGAAGAAGUUCGAGGAGGGUGUCUUCUCCGAUCUUCGAAACCUCAAGCCCGGGACUGAUGCAUGCUUGGAAGAACCAAAAUCUCCUUUUUUAGAUCUAUUGUUCCGGAAUGGCUGUAUACGUACGCAGAAGAAACAAAAGGUGUUUUAUUGGUUCUCCGUUCCACACGAUCGCCUGUUUUUGGACGCACUAGAGAGAGAUCUGAAGAGGGAGAAGAUGGGCUUGGAACCCACAACGGUGGUUGUCGGUGAACCAGCCAGGAGUUUCCGUUACGAUCCCAAGCGAAGUUUGUUCGAACAAUUCGCAGGCAAACAACCUGGACUCGAAGAAUCUGUCAACCCGAAUUCUCGGAGUAUAGAUCCAGCAUCCACCGCUGCUACAAACAGCUGUCAAGAUCAUGCCCUCGAGAAAUCAGCUUUCUUGCCAGAAACGGAGGAUUCUUCCCCGAACACCUCUGUAAUCAACACCAAGGAAGCUCAAACCGCGUCUUCCUCUACCGAGUUGAAUCAUGCCCAUUGCGAUCGACUUACGUCCGGUCCCGAUAAAGAACUGCUUGACAGUCAAUCCAACGCGAACACUGUUCUUUUCUCUCGCUCUUUACUAAAAGGUAGCCCCGCAUACAAGCAGGGGCGAAGGAAGUCCUCUCGAGAGAAAAAGCAUCGACAACAACGUGCUGGUACGGCCACCACAAAUUAUGACACUGGAGACGACGAGAGCGGAUCAGACAGCGAUCGGUUGCACAGAUCUGAAUACUCCUUUUCAAUUGCCGGGGACGAGGCUCCUGUGUCGACUUCAAAUUACAUACCACCACCUAUAUAUGCCGAUAUUCGAGGCUCGCCCGUUCAUUUUGAUGGCGCCAGCCCCGCUCACUCUAGACAAUUAGGCCCAGCUUCGUUGACUGGGAGCCUCUUACCUCUCUCUAACACCAUUCCACCUUCGAGAGCACAUCCAAGCUCAUGGUCCACGAAUGUCCUUCAAGUCACUCCCAGUGAUCGAAUGGCACCAUCUUCGUCAUACACGAAUUUCGCUUCUACUGGUCACCCAGCCCAUCAUCAUCCUCUCGGUUCUUCCGCCCAGGGCGCACUCAGUGCGAGCAGUGUACCAUCGAAAGGAUUCAGCUGUCCUCUCCUCUCUUGCGGACGGUUGUUCAAACGACUUGAACACUUGAAGCGGCAUGUUCGAACUCACACUCAAGAGAGACCUUAUGAAUGCACUCGAUGUGCCAAGAGGUUCAGUCGAAGCGAUAACCUCACACAGCACAUCAAAACACACGAGAAAGCAGAUCGGGGAGAAAGAAUGAAGACGGAGGCUUCGGAAAGUACAGAAGAUGACAUAGCCAUAAUGUUAGAGGCGGAGGUGGAUGCGAUGGCUGCCAGAGAGAGUAGAGGUCAUCCCACGUCCACGAAUUCUUCGAUAAUCAAUUCAGAUCAUAUAUACAGCUUGGCUUAUGGAGAAAACACCUCGGCUUUGCAAGGUCAUUUUAGCCCAGCUCGAUUACCAAUGUUACCGCCGUCAUUUGCUGGAACUGAAGAUAUCGGAGGCAACACGAUCGGCACCGUGCAUGCCGGUCGUACUCCGUCAGUUCGACCAGAUUGGUCUUCACUGGGAAAUCCAGUCCCACCUAUGUUCAGGAGUGUCGCCGAAAAUGCUUUCUCUACCAAGCGUCACCGUUCCAUGACACCCAAUCUACCCCCAUCUGGCCGAACAUCCUUGACAGAACCACACGUCUCUCUCCAGCCGUCUUCAUCAUAUCUCGGCGCUUCGCGAUACCACCCUUAUAUCUCUUCUACUACUGUACAUCCUGGUUCUCAUCCUUACACCCGAGCAACCUCCCUCGACCCGUCAGCUUUCUUGGGUCGAACACCAGGCUAUGAUGGAUAUUCCAUGGAUCAUGCCAGUCAAGAUCCGCUGCCAGACGCUUCAAAGGAAAUCCAUCCCUUUGCCUCGUUCGCAACAUCGGAGAACGCCACCAAUUCCGAUACUCAGUCUUAUGGCUUGAGUGACAUGAUCUCAGACGAAGUGCUCCCAACGCUUUCGACACGCUUUCAGGGCGUGCAACCAGGUGAACCAUCAAAGGAUUGA